GUAGCAUCAGCGCACAUUUCACACAUUCACACACAGAGGAGCUUCAUAAACCGGCGAGAUGUGGAGGAUAGUGGCGUGUUUAUUCUUGAUGUCCAGUCAUGUAUCAUCUCAUAACAAGAUCUUUGGGGAGGAACAAGUCCAAAUGAUAUCAGAGGGCUCCGACUGCCGCUGUAAGUGUAUCAUGCGACCUCUGACCCGGGAUGCAUGUGCUCGCUUGCGAACAGGAAGUGUGCGCGUGGAGGAUUUUUACACGGUGGAGACAGUGAGUUCCGGAGCCGACUGUAAAUGUUCCUGCACGGCUCCACCAUCCUCGCUCAACCCCUGCGAGAAUGAAUGGAAGAUGGAGAAACUUAAGAAACAGGCACCAGAGCUGCUCAAGCUGCAGUCUAUGGUGGAUCUUCUGGAGGGAACUCUCUUUAGUAUGGACCUGCUUAAAGUUCACUCGUACAUCAACAAGGUUGUGUCACAAAUGAACAACCUUGAGGAGAUGAUUAAGAUGAAUCUCUCUCGGGAAAAUGACUUUGUGAGAGACAGUGUGGUGACUUUGACCAAUCAGCUUCGCCAGUACGAGAACCAUUCUGACAUCAUGAUGAGCAUAAAGAAGGAGCUGUCCAAUCUAGGCCUUCAGUUGCUGAAAAAAGACUCCACACCCUCAGGCCCAAACAGCAAAGCACAGGACACAAUGGGGACAAAUAUCAAAAAUGCUUCAAAGUUUCUAACAAAGAAACCAGAGAAAGUAAAACCUCCACCUAAACCGGCAAAACCAAAGAAAGAGACCACUAAACCCAGUAAUCCAGAUCAAACAGAACUGCCCGGUAAAACCAAACCAUCACAGAACCAGCCAGGAGUCAUCCGGGGCAUCACAUACUACAAAGCAACCAAAACUGAUGAGACGAGCAACCAAAACGGCAAAGGGAAAGAAAAGCCUGAUGAAACCGACACAUUACUGGAAGUAGAGGAAAGUACCACACCUCCCAUCACCAUAGCAGCAGAGACCACCGCAGCAACCGUACCCAAAACAACAACAAUCCAAAGCACAACAAGAAGAACAGAAUAUAGAGAGGAGAGACCAGCCCCAACUAUUGCACUAGUGCUGGAUAAUACAAGCAAUAACGCAGACAUUGCAGUGAAAGAGCAGAGCUGUGAAAGGACACUUGCUUCAGUAGAUCUGCCGGUCAGACAGCACAGUUACGGCAGGAACGAGGGGGCGUGGAUGAAGGACCCUGUUGCCAAGGAUUCCAAGAUUUAUGUCACCAACUAUUACUAUGGCAACAACCUUGUGGAAUUCCAUAACUUGGACAACUUCAAACAGGGUCGCUGGAGUAAUUUAUACAAGCUCCCCUACAAUUGGAUAGGAACGGGUCAUGUUUUGUACAGAGGAGGGUUUUACUAUAACCGUGCCUUCACUAAGAACAUUAUUAAAUAUGAUCUCAAGCAACGAUACGUAGCAGCCUGGUCUCAACUGCACGAUGUGGUCUAUGAAGACACCACACCUUGGAAAUGGAAAGGCCACUCUGAUAUCGACUUCGCUGUAGAUGAGAGCAGUCUUUGGGUCAUUUACCCAUCUGUUGACUAUGACUUCGGACAGGCUGAAGUCAUUGUAGUCAGUAAACUAGAUCCUAAUGACCUGUCGGUCAAAAAGGAGACCACAUGGAGGACGAGACUCAGACGAAAUUCGUUUGGGAACUGCUUCAUUGUAUGUGGCGUCCUAUACGCAGUGGACGUUUAUAAUAAGAAGGAAGGGGAAGUUUCGUAUGCAUAUGACACGCUCACGGGGGCCGAGGCAUCUCCACGGUUACCUUUUAUUAAUGAAUACGGGUUCACCACGCAGGUCGAUUACAACCCUAAGGAGAAAGUUCUGUACGCUUGGGACAAUGGCCACCAACUUAUCUACAACAUCAACUUCAUAGAGCAAGAAGAGAAAUAAACUCACUAAGAUGAUUGGUGGACUUUAAUGGCUUUCGAUCCAAUUUUACUCUAUGCUCCAACGAAGCAAAAGCCACUUCUUGUGCAUUUGGUCAAGACUGCCUCUUUGGUUCCACUGACAAAGACCCUGAUCUAACAGCUCAUCAUGUCCUCAUGAGCUUUUGAAGAUAUUUGUUCAAGAUUAUAUAAGGACAAAGGCCUCACAUAACAUUCGUAGUUGAGAGUUGCUCUGAAGUUAUAGAAUUCACUGUCAGUUCUAAAAUCCAGUGAAAUGGAAUUUAAAUGCCACGUUAAUGUCACGUUUCCCAAUGCAUUAAACUCAAGCUCUUACAGCAUUACCCCUGGUGCCGUAUUGCAUGCAGGUUAUCCGUUGUAACGUGACUCUCAAAGUUGAAAAAACUUUGCUCGUGUUUGUCACUGACUUUUCAAAGUGCAGCCGAUGAAUACCAGACAAUUUGAUUGCCGAAUAAUUAUGUGAAUCUCAAAGUUCAAACCAUCGCAACUUUUACCCAAUUUGGCACUGACCUUUUCGUAAAAAAGCCAAUGAUUACUGGACAAAUCGCAUGACGUGUCAUUAUGACACAACAUCAAAGGUCUACACUUUUUGCUUUUCAAAAGCACCGCAUGACACUUGUGUUGAGAGGUGCAUUGAAUCCUUGAUGCGUUUUGUUUGAAAGGGGCAUAAAGACCCCUUGAAAUUGCUUGACGGGCCAACAUAGUCAUGCAAGGAAAGCCUCUGUAAUGCAUGGUUAGUGGUAUGUACGUAACGUAACAGUUCAACUGUUUUAGAAUGUUGUUGUUUUUCUUAUUGUUUUAAAAUUGCUUAUUGUCCUUGUGCUUAAUGUAAAUAGUGGAAUAUUUUUGUUUUGAGUAUUGGGUUUUAGAAACACAAUCUUCCCAAGUGGAAGAGAUUUUUCCUAAUCUGUUAAUAUGCAGCAUGUCUGAUUUUAAUAAACUUUAAUUUGAUAUUGUUA